AUGUCUUUCUAUGAAUGCAAAGACAUAAUCGAAGAGGGGGACCUCGUGCUUGCCUUUGUCAGCCGAGGCCUCAUCAAGCCCUUCUACGUGACCAAGGGCGAGUACCUCAAUACCCGUUUUGGUAACUUUGAGCAUGACAAAAUGGUGGGCAUGAAGUAUGGAUCCCAGAUGGCAGGAGCCAACGAUAAAGGAUUUGUGCAUCUUCUUCAACCUAGCCCCGAGCUUUGGACGAUAUCCUUACCGCAUAGAACCCAGAUCGUGUACACGCCGGAUUCGUCGUAUAUUAUUCAGAGACUUGGAAUCACCAGUGGAUCUAGGGUGAUCGAAGCAGGCACUGGAUCGGCAUCUUUCACCCAUUCUUUUGCUAGAACAGUGGCUGAAGAUGGGCGUCUUUUCACAUACGAGUUCCACGAACCCCGUUUUCUAGAAGCACAGAAGGAAUUGAACGAGCAUGGCCUACUCCAGGUGAACACUAUAGCUACUCAUCGCGAUGUGUGCAAUGGAGGAUUUGAGAUAUCCGACCUUCCAGAGAAGUUUGCUCUCAAUGGAAGCAUCAACGCUGACUCGGUAUUUCUUGAUUUGCCGUCUCCCUGGACUGCCAUUCCGCAUCUUCCCAAAGUUGUAUCGCAGACAUCCAGAGUGGGUAUCUGCUGCUUCAGUCCGUGUAUAGAACAAGUGGACAAGACGAUAGAAGCGCUUGAAGCAAACGGAUGGACUAGCAUUGAGAUGGUGGAGAUCCAGGGCCGUCGUUACGAGGCCAGAAAAGAAAUGGUCAAGGAUCUCCAGGACGUUGUAAAGAGACUCAAAGACAUCCAGGGCAGAAAAACGCUGGGCAUCGAGAGCAGGAGACUUGCACGGGUGGGAGACAAAAAGAAGGAAAACCAAGGCAUCAAGAGAGAUAUCAGCGAGGUGGAAAGUGAAGAUACUGCCCUGCCUGAGCCCAGGCCGAAGAGCUUCAACCCAUUCGGAAAGGGUAUCAGAAUCAAGGAAGGAGACGAGCAGUUCAAGUGGAAACAGGUGACCAAGAUCGAACCUGAAAUCAAAACCCAUACAUCCUACCUCACAUUCGCCUUUCUCGUGCCGCAAAAUCCAUCCGCAUAG